AUGGGCCUUCUUGAAAUCAAGCUAGAAAACCAGACAUUGGUCCUCAGAGGCAACCAAGAAGAGUCACCGGGAUGUGUUUUACGCGGGAACCUCUCCUUACACCUUGUGGAGAAAACUCGCCUAAAGUCACUCUGGCUUCGGUUACUCGGACAGGUCAAAGUUGAAUGGGAUGAUGACAACAUCCGCCGGUGGUCCUCAAAGGUACACUCAAUCAAGUCGGUAAAAUCUCAAAAGACAGAAAACACCUUUCUGGAACACGAGUGGAUGUUCCUAGCCCCUUCAAAACAUCCCCAUACUUUCAUGCCAGGUGUAUACACUUAUCAAUUUGAGUUGAUUUUACCUGGUACUCUUGCCGAAACCUUGGAUUUGCCGAGCACUACAAUUCACUACAAACUCAAAGCUAUGGCAGAGCGCCCGGGCUUUACAACAAAUCUAGUGGCAAAACAGAAAAUGGGGGUUGUUCGACAUUUACCUCCUAGUAUACAUAUGCACUAUCCGAUACGGGCUGUCGAAUCGUGGGCUGGCAGACUACAGAUUGAAGUGAUCUUGCCGAGGCGACACUAUGAACGAGGAGAAGGAAUUGAUAUUGAACUUUCGGUACAUAUUUUACCAGAAGAGCUACGUAUCCGUAAUCUGUCCUGUGCCCUCAAAGAAUACCUCACGAUUUUCACCAGCUCCAAGAAAAAGACCAAGACACGACUUACUGGUUUUGUUCGUGACGACAAUUUUCCUGCAGAUGAAUAUGUCACCAAGCUUGAACAUUUCUGUAUUCCACAACACACUCAAUGGGAUACAAACAACGCAUUAUUCCAUAUUCGGCAUAAAAUUCAAUUCAUCAUUUCCCUUAUCGAUCGUUACGGUCAUGUAGCGGAGAUGCGAACAUCUUUGCCUAUUGUGAUAGUCCCGCCAGUAGAAGAAGUGAAUGAUCUGCCGACGUAUGAAGAUUCUUGGAGGUCAGAAGCCGUCUGCCCAGCUGCAUACACGAUACCUAUGGAUAGCGAAUGUGUAGAAUACAAUACAUGUGGAAUAUAUAACUAUGACGACGUUGACUCUAAUUUGUAUCGCCUUCCAUCGUACAAAAGUACGGCCUAA